AUGGAUUUGGGGCUGAAGUUUCAAAAGGUACAUAGAGUUUUACAAUUGAAAAAAUCUCCACGGUUGAAACAAUACAUUGAUUUCAACACAUAAUAAAGAAUUAAUGCCAAAAAUUCAUUUGAAAAAGAUUUCUUCCAACCAAUGAACAACCGUGUUUUUGGAAAAAUAAUGGAAAACAUUAGAAAAAAAAAGUUGACGUCAAGCUAAUCACUGACUCCAAAAAAAUAUUAAAAAAUACGUUUCUAAACCAACAUAUGUAAGCAGCAAAAUAUUUAAUAACAAUCUUGUAGCAGUUCAUAAAAUCAGAGAAUCCAUAACAUUGAAAACGCCAGCAUAUGUUGGCAUGUGCAUUUUGGAUCUGUCGAAAACACUAAUGUACGAUUUUAAUGACGGAUACAUAAAAAACAAAUAUGGAAAUGAUGCUAAGCCUUUAUUCACAGACACAGACGGUCUGACAUAUGAAGUAAAAACAAAAGACGUUUACAAAGACUUUUGGGACGACAAAAACAAAUUCGAUAACAUUGAUGAUCAUGAAGAAAUCACAAUUUUACGACAAAACCAAUGA